CAAAAUUGAAUUCCGCGGCGGGAAUCAAGGCGACAACAAACAGCAAUUCAACAGCUGCGACUUAAUUUUUCUUAUCCGAACUCCAAGAUGGUUGAAGGUCCGGGGUGCACAUUAAAUGGAGAGAAAAUCCGUUCUAAAGUUCAAAAAGGACAGAAACUGAAAGACAUCAGAGGCAGUUUGACAACAACCACCAAAAACAACUCCGAAGGAAAUGCCUUCCACAGUUUUCUUGGUCGUCAGUACACCGGCGUUGAAACCUUGGGCAAGGAGCUCUUCGUGUACUUUGGUUCAAGAGCUCUGAGAGUCCACUUUGGUAUGAAUGGAUCAAUGCGUAUAAACUCUGCUGAGAGGAAGGAUAGGACAGGCUCCAUACCAGUGCUGGAAAUACACCUGACUAAAGACAUUCUGUGCUUCUUUGACAGCACUGUGGAAAUAAGGGUGACAGAGGACUGUGAGCAAAGGGUGAGGGCUAUGGAGAGUCUGGAUGUGUGCUCCCCUAAGUUCAGCUUCUCCCACUCUGAGGAGGCACUGAGGAGCCAAAGUCACAGGGCGCUCUGUGAUGUUCUCCUAGACCAGGCCGUCAUGCCGGGAGUCGGCAACAUCAUUAAAAACGAAGCCCUGUUUGACUCGGGCCUCCAUCCAGCCGUGAAGGUUCAGCAACUGACAGACGAGCAGAUCCACCACUUGGUGAAGAUGACGCGUGAUUUCACUCUUCUGUUUUAUAAGUGUCGCAAAUCUGGCUCUCCUCUCUACAAACAUUACAAAGUCUACAAGCGUCCCCAGUGCAGCCAGUGCUUUCAUGUCAUCACAGUCUGUCGUCUUGGAGACAACGGCAGGAUGACUUACUUCUGCAAGCGCUGUCAGAAGGCAGAUCCCAACGGGGUUGACAUCAGUAAGCUCCCAGUCAGAAACAGCCUGAUCGGCUGGGCCUACAAUGAGCAAACCAAUGAUAAUGUGGCUAAGAAGGAGGAAGAGGACUGGGCCUGUCAACUCUGCACACUAAUCAACCAGCCAGAAACAAAAGCCUGUGAUGCCUGCCUCACUCCGAGACCUGAGGUCCACAAAGUGAUCAGCGCUGAUGCAUCACCCGAUUUGAUUAAAUAUCCCUGCACUGUCUUUAAGAAGCCACAAGAGGAGCUCAAAGUCAACUGGAGGUCUGCAUUUGGGACUUCCACCCUUGUUUUCUCUGACUUGAGCAAGAAGCCAAACCCUGUAAACUCCCCAGCCGGCAGUCAUUUGAAUUCCUCGGCGGCACAGCAAGGUUCAUAUAAAUACAGCAUCUGCCAAGGGACAACAAGCCCCAAUUAUGCCUCUGGUGGCUGGCAGAAGCAAAGUGCCGAGCUCUCCAAUGGGGAAUCACUGGCCUCCUACAGUCACACAUCCAAGAAAAUGAGAAUUGAUCACAGUCCCUUUCCCAGUAACAAUGCUCAAAAUGGAACCCCCAACUCACAUACACGCAAAAUAGAAGCGACAAGCCACAGCUCCUUUUCUUCAAGUACCAGUGCCCCUUGUUGUGCAUCCCAUUGUCGUCCAGCUGUCCUUAGAGUGGUCCACAAGGAGGGGGAGAAUAAGGGACGACAGUUCUAUACCUGCUCGCUUCCCAGAGAGACCAAGUGUAACUUCUUUGAGUGGGCUGACUUACACUUUCCUUUUUGUCAACAUGGGAAACGCUGUUUAAUGAGGACGGUUCUGAAACUAGGACCCAACAACGGCCGGAAUUUCUACACCUGCAGCUUUCAAAAGGGUAAACAGUGUGACUUUUUCCAGUGGGCAGAGAAUGGACCAGGGGUAUCCAUCCUCCCAGGUUGUUAAAUGUGUUUUGGCAAUCCAUUACUUCUAAAUGAAAUCCUGAUGCCUAUGUUGAUAUAAAUAAAUGGAUACAGAAGGGAA